CGAGGCGGCGGGGCGAUGCGCUUGCGCACUCGGAGCUCACACCAUAUGUGCCCUGUCCCGGUGCGCGGGUCUGUGGAGAGCCGGGUGCGAGAGGCGGCAGCGCGAGGGGCACGGAGCCGAGCGGAGACCGAAGUCAGCCGAGGGACAGCGGGUCUGUGAGAGACCGAGUAGAGGGGCUGGGGCUGCGAGCGCCGCUGACACACGAUGGGGAAGAAGCAGAAAAACAAGAGCGAAGACAGUGCCAAGGAUGACAUUGAUCUUGAUGCCUUGGCUGCAGAAAUAGAAGGAGCUGGUGCUGCCAAGGAGCAAGAACCUCAAAAGGCAAAGGGGAAAAAGAAAAAGGAGAAAAAAAGACAAGACUUUGAUGAAGAUGAUAUCCUGAAGGAACUGGAAGAAUUGUCUUGGGAAGCUCAAGGCAUCAAAGGUGACAGAGAGCCUGCUGCAGUAAAGCCAACAGAAAAUAAUGAAGAUGAACCCAUCUCAAAACAAGAUAAGAAAAAGAAAGGACAGAAAGGCAAAAAACAGAGUUUUGAAGAUAAUGAUAGUGAAGAAUUGGAUGAAAAAGAUUCGAAGUCAAAAAAGACUGCAAAACCCAAAGUGGAAAUGUACUCUGGGAGUGAUGAUGAUGAUGAUGAUUUUAAUAAACUAUCCAAAAAAGCGAAGGGGAAAGCUCAGAAAUCAAAUAAGAAGCGUGAUGCAUCAGAAGAGGAUGAGGAUAACAGUAAAAGAAUUAAAGAGCGUAUGAGAGCACAUUCUUCUGGUGAAAGUGGUGAUGAAUCAGAUGAAUUUUUGCAAUCCAGGAAAGGACAGAAAAAAAAUCAGAAAAACAAACCAGGUCCUACUGUUGAGAGCGGAAAUGAAGAUGACGACUCCUCCUUCAAAAUUAAGACAGUGGCUCAAAAGAAGGCAGAAAAGAAAGAGCGUGAGAGAAAAAAACGGGAUGAAGAAAAGGCAAAACUGCGGAAGCUGAAAGAAAAAGAAGAGCUGGAGUCUGGUAAAAAGGAUCAGGGUAAACCAAAAGAAUCUCAGAGGAAACCUGAGGAGGAAGCUCUGAAAUCCAAAGUGACACUUGACUCUGGAGCAGCUCCUGCCUCUGAAGAGAAAGGAGAGGGUCCCGCGGGCGCAGAAGAUGACAAUGAAGGAGACAAAAAGAAAAAAGAUAAGAAGAAAAAGAAAGGAGAAAAGGAAGAAAAGGAGAAAGAAAAGAAGAAAGGACCUAGCAAAGCCACAGUUAAGGCUAUGCAAGAAGCUCUGGCUAAGCUUAAAGAAGAGGAGGAAAGACAGAAGAGAGAGGAGGAGGAACGGAUAAAACGGCUGGAAGAGUUAGAAGCCAAGCGUAAAGAAGAGGAAAGAUUGGAACAAGAAAAAAGAGAAAGGAAAAAGCAAAAAGAAAAGGAAAGGAAAGAACGCUUGAAAAAAGAGGGGAAACUUUUAACUAAAUCCCAGAGAGAAGCCAGAGCCAGAGCCGAAGCGACCCUUAAACUUCUACAAGCUCAGGGUGUUGAAGUGCCAUCAAAAGAUUCUUUGCCAAAGAAGAGGCCAAUUUAUGAAGAUAAAAAGAAGAAAAAACCACCACAGCAGAUGGAAAAUAAAGUUUCUGAACCGGUGGAUUUAAGUGCUGCUGUAGAAGCUGUGGAGCAAGGAGUACCCGAAAAAGAAGAGACACCGCCUCCUGUUGAACCAGAAGAGGAAGAAGAAACGGAGGAUGCUGGGUUGGAUGACUGGGAAGCUAUGGCUAGUGAUGAGGAGAGAGAAACAGAAGAAAACACAGUGCAUAUAGAAGUAAAAGAAAACCCUGAAGAGGAGGAGGAGGAGGAAGAGGAGGAGGAGGAGGAAGAAGAGAGUGAAGACGAAGAGGAGGAGGAAGGAGACAGUGAAGGCAGCGAAGGUGAAGAAGAUGAUGGAAAGGUGUCAGAUGAGAAGGACGCUGGGAAGACGUUGGAUAAAAAGCCGAGCAAAGACGCGAGCUCAGAAUCUGAGGAUGACUCUGACGACGAUCGAACUAAAGAAGAACGGGCUUAUGACAAAGCAAAACGGAGGAUUGAGAAACGGCGACUUGAACACAGUAAAAAUGUAAAUACAGAGAAGCUGAGAGCUCCUGUUAUUUGUGUACUUGGACAUGUGGAUACAGGGAAGACAAAAAUUCUGGAUAAGCUCCGUCACACACAUGUACAAGAUGGUGAAGCAGGUGGUAUCACGCAGCAGAUUGGUGCCACCAAUGUCCCUCUUGAAGCUAUUAAUGAACAAACUAAGAUGAUUAAAAAUUUUGAUCGAGAGAACGUCCGGAUUCCAGGAAUGCUGAUCAUUGACACUCCAGGGCAUGAGUCUUUCAGUAAUCUGAGAAACAGAGGAAGCUCUCUUUGUGACAUUGCCAUUUUAGUUGUUGAUAUUAUGCAUGGUUUGGAGCCCCAGACAAUUGAAUCUAUCAACCUUUUAAAAUCUAAAAAAUGUCCCUUCAUUGUUGCCCUCAAUAAGAUUGAUAGGUUGUAUGAUUGGAAAAAGAGCCCUGACUCUGACGUGGCCGCUACUCUGAAGAAGCAGAAGAAGAACACCAGAGAUGAAUUCGAGGAGCGGGCCAAGGCGAUCAUCGUGGAGUUUGCACAGCAGGGGCUGAAUGCAGCUUUGUUUUAUGAGAAUAAGGAUCCCCGCACUUUUGUGUCCUUGGUACCUACCUCUGCACACACUGGCGAUGGCAUGGGAAGUCUGAUCUGCCUUCUUGUCGAGUUGACUCAGACCAUGUUGAGUAAGAGGCUUGCCCAGUGUGAGGAGCUGAGAGCCCAGGUGAUGGAGGUGAAGGCUCUCCCGGGAAUGGGCACGACUAUUGAUGUAAUACUGAUCAAUGGGCGUCUGAAGGAAGGAGACACGAUAAUUGUUCCAGGAGUAGAAGGCCCUAUCGUCACGCAGAUCCGAGGCCUCCUGUUACCUCCCCCUAUGAAGGAGUUACGGGUGAAGAAUCAGUAUGAGAAGCAUAAGGAGGUAGAAGCAGCUCAGGGGGUAAAGAUUCUUGGAAAGGACCUGGAAAAAACACUGGCUGGUUUACCCCUCCUCGUGGCUUAUAAAGAAGAUGAAAUCCCAGUUCUUAAAGACGAGCUGAUCCACGAGUUAAAGCAGACACUGAAUGCUAUCAAAUUAGAAGAGAAAGGCGUCUAUGUCCAGGCCUCGACCCUGGGAUCUCUGGAAGCUCUCCUUGAAUUUCUGAAGACAUCAGAAGUGCCCUAUGCAGGGAUCAACAUUGGGCCUGUCCACAAAAAAGAUGUCAUGAAGGCUUCGGUGAUGCUGGAGCAUGACCCUCAGUAUGCAGUGAUUUUGGCCUUCGAUGUGAGAAUUGAACGGGAUGCCCAAGAAAUGGCUGAUAGUUUAGGAGUUAGAAUUUUUAGUGCAGAAAUUAUUUAUCAUUUAUUUGAUGCCUUUACGAAAUACAGACAAGACUACAAGAAACAGAAACAAGAAGAAUUUAAGCACAUAGCAGUAUUCCCCUGCAAGAUAAAGAUCCUCCCUCAGUUUAUCUUCAAUUCUCGGGAUCCGAUAGUGAUGGGCGUGACUGUGGAAGCAGGGCAGGUGAAGCAGGGGACACCCAUGUGCGUGCCCAGCAAAAAUUUUGUUGACAUUGGAAUAGUAACGAGUAUUGAAGUAAACCAUAAACAAGUGGAUGUUGCAAAAAAAGGACAAGAAGUCUGUGUCAAAAUAGAACCCAUCCCGGGUGAAUCUCCCAAAAUGUACGGACGCCAUUUUGAAGCUACAGACAUUCUUGUCAGUAAGAUCAGCCGGCAGUCCAUCGAUGCUCUCAAAGACUGGUUCAGAGACGAGAUGCAGAAGAGUGACUGGCAGCUUAUUGUGGAGCUGAAGAAAGUGUUUGAAAUCAUCUAAGUUUUCCACCCGGGGCAGGAAUUGGAGUCAAUGCAAUAUCAUGUGGUAAUAUCAUCAAGAAAAACAAGGAAUGGACCUGUCUGAACACUGAUUGACCUUAAGUAUAGAAGGAAAAAACUAGGUGUAUAAAAUGUUUUCCAUGAGAAACCAAGAAACUACACUGGUUUGACAGUGGUCGAUACACGUCCCCACAGCUCCGACGUGCCUGUUCACUCGCCUACGCCCUCCCCUCCUGGCUGCUGUUUUAAAGUUUGCCCUUCCUUCCCCAAAUUUGGAUUUUUAUUACAGAUCUAAAGCUCUUUCAAUUUUAUACUGAUUAAAUCAGUACUGCAGUAUUUGAUUAACCAAGCUUCUGCAGAUUUUGUGAUUCUUGGGACUUUUUUGAGGUAAGAAACACGUCUUUAUUUAUGCAUAUCCUUCCAGUGAUUCUUCUCCCAACGUUCUUCUGCGAUAUGCCCGUAGGAAUUUUUUAAAAUAGAAAAUUCGGCUUUCUUGAUCUUUAUCUGCUUUGUGUGGAACCAUGGUGUCGAGCAUCGCCGGCUGCCAUUUACCGCUUGUAUGGUCGUGAGUGCCCACAGUUCUCAGCACCGUCCUCCAUUCCAAUAAAGAACCCAGAUGUGCCCACAGGCGCCGCUGGGCUUCCCUUCCUGUCGGCAGAGCUGCUCUCCCAGUCUCCGCCCAGCACAGCGCCUUCUCUCGAGGAUAGGAAGGGUCUGAUCGCCCUGGGUCCCAGCACACGUUGACAUCAGGGGUUUAUACAUCGGUCUGGGUCUGCUUGUCCUAGCAGGUUCUAUCAUGCACACGUUUUCUGACGAGACAAUCAGUAGGGUGUUGAUUAACUGUCUGGACUUACAUAACAGCUUCUUCACAUUAGUAAUUUGGUGGUAGCUUGUUCCCUAAGGUUUUCCUGAAGAAUAUGGGAAGUGGGUCCCUGAGAGAAGCAGUCUGUUAGCAUCAGACUAGUACCUGCCUACCUUCUAUAGCACAGUGUUGAGUGAAGUCAUUGCGGGUGUUGGAUAGCAGGUGUCCCCAAGUAUUCACUGGCAUAGAGUUAUAAACUAUAUUUUUAAAGUCUUAGAGCAUAUAGCAUAGACAAAUACUUUUAUAUACAUUUGAAAAUCUGUAGCAUUCUUCAUUAUCACUAAAGUUUCUCAAGGGCCAGUAGAGGCAAAGACAAAACCUCUAAACCAUCUGGGGGACAUACUCUUCCCAGGAGAAAACUUAAGUCUUCACUGUGUGUGUGUUCUGAUUCAAAAUAUGUAAACUCCUCCACUUGGAAGAAGUAAAGAAGACUUUGUUAACACGG